CGGCGGAGGGAGCCGAGCGGCGGGGGGAGGGGGACGCGUCUCCUCAGCGGCGGCGGCGACCGCGACACACGACGGCCUCUUCCUUCCCUCCCACCCUUCUUCCCUCCCUCCUGCCUGGUCCGGCCCGCCAUGAGCUGCCGGCAGCCGCUGCCGAGCGAGCGCGGAGCGAGGCAGAGCAACGCUGCUGUGAAGCAGCACUGAUGUCAUAAGAGGACGGCAAACGCCUCCGAAGCCGCGAAGGGCGCUGGCCUUUUAUACGGUGUUUUUUCCAACACCCCGAUUGCAAAGCUUUCGUUCGCCAUCAGAAAUAACAUUGCUGAGGAAUGUGACUUGACUUCGAAUGCUGUGAGAAUUGAGAGACUGAAGGAAGCCAUCGUAGACACUAAUUGUAGACUCAUGAAGAGGAGGCGGAACGGUAAUGAAGAUGACAGUCACAUUCCCCAGACAAAGCGUAAUACCAGAAAUACUGUCCUUCAGGACUCUUGGGACACUGAGAAGGUGGCUGUAACGAAAAACAGUAAGGAACACAGACUAAAAGGAAACAAAGUGUCCUGUGCGAUGGAUUCAGCAAACUUCACUAGUGCUAAUAUGGGUCAUGGGGGCAGAACUGGUGGGCCUAAAACCAAAAGAUUGAAGCUCAAUAUACUGGAGUCCUCCAGCAGUGAUAGCGGCAGCAGCAGCAGUUGUAGUAGCAGUAGCAUCAACAGCCCUGACAGAGCAAGUGGUCCAGAAAGCAGCUUAAACCAGAUAAUUGCAGGAUCCAGUCCUGUCACCUCCCAGUCCUUCCAUGAGCAAUCUGCACUAAGUCAAGGUCCUUACUUCCACAUCAACCAGAUCCUGAAGGAGGCACACUUCCACAGCUUACAGAAUCGGGGACGCCCUCCUACAUGAUGAACCAGCAGUUCCUUGCCUUCUGUGAAGGGACAGCACUGUGUAGAUUUGAUAUUUCAACUUAAAGUUUGUUAAAAUGGAAUUGCACAAAACGCCUGUUGCCUUUUCAGUCUAUAUUUGAAAUAACAGGUUAACAGGAAAUUGUUUACUUGUGGUUUGCUGCACUAUUGCAAUGCAAAGGGGGCUUUGAAGCAAUUUUUAUAGGAUUCUUUUUGGGGUGGUUAUAAAGUACAUGUCAAGGUGAGACCGAGGAAUCCACAUCUGUAUUAUAGGAUUGCAUAAUGAGUCCAAUUCCAAUUGACUGCCUAAUCUGUUUGUUAGCAGUUUGUUGCUUUAUGUAAAGUUCCUUCAAACAUUCAUCUUCAGUUUUAUAAGUCUUUUUUAAUUUCAAUAAAAUAGUAAAAAAUU